AUGCCGCUAGCAUCGUCCGGAACCUGGGCGUCACUGGGACGCCAGGUGGCCGCGGGCGUGCGGAAUGCUCCGCACGCUCGUGGGCUACAUGUCCCGGGACGAGCCCCGUUACCAUCUACAGCACAACAAAUAUUCCAAACCACCAAGGGUCUCGCGCAGAACCUUUUCGGACAUCUUACUACUCCCGGCCAUAUCGGUCGUCAACCUGCUGCUCGCUCGCUACACCAUCUCACUGCUGGACGUACGAUCCAGAAUGGACUGUCGUUGCCUGCUCGCCAUGCUCUGUCUAGUCGGCCCAUGAGUAUGCCCAAGCUGCCCCGUGCACCGGCAGUACCCCGUGGUGUUCACCAAGUUGGCCUCGGCACUGCCCGCAACUUCAGUAGUGCCCGCCCGAUCUUCGCGCACUUGGCCGAGAACGUCCCCGUCGCCGGCCGAGCGCUGAGCGAGGCGGACUGGAAGAUCCAGCGCAAGAAGGAGAUGGCGAAGCUCGCCAAGAUCAACGUGAAGAAGGAGCAGAAGAGGAAGGUCAAGGCGGAGAAGGUCGUGUUCCGCGCCGCCAACUCCGUUAACACCGAGGCGUCGCUCGAUUCGGUAGUCGAGACGCAGGCUGAGCUCGAGCGCUACUUCCCAGUCGCCACCUCUGCGCCCGCUGUCGCGGCAAUCCCCGACGUCACCGCAACGCUGCUCAUUCCCCUCGCACCGACGCCCUCGUCGCGUCUUCCGCUGCCCAAAGCCCCUAUCUCGGAGUCGCAGCAUCCGGUCGUGCCCUUCGCCGAGAUGUCGACUUUGCACUUCGACUUUGCCCACCACAACGAACGCGUUGCGGCGUUGUUCGAGCGGCUUGACGCUGCCAAUGUGUGGGAUUCUGGGGCGCGAUGUGAUGUGUACGGAGAUGCCCGAGGAGAGGCAAACGUACUCCGCGUCGCGUUUGAUGGGUGGGACGCGAUGCGUGUGAGGAGCGUUAUUGGAGAGACCGCGUCAGGCUGGUGUGUCCUUGAGGAAGAUCGCCCCAUCGAAGACGCGGAUCUGGAAGAGAUGGACUCGCUCUCACCGUUCGGUGGCCUCAGUCCCCCCAUGUCGCCACGUAUGGAGGCCGCACCUGUCUUCGGCGACUUCGGCGUCAACAUCGACCCGGCGCAGUCCUUCGUGCUGCCUACGCUCGACUUCUCAUCGUCCUUUGGCGCGUCGACACUGUCUUCGCUUUCGGAUGACGGCGCGAGCGAGGCCGACUACGACUACUUCUCCGACUCUGGGAGCGAAGGGAGCGCCGGGAGCUGGGUCGGCCUUGAGCCUCCCACACGACCUCUCUUCAGCUCUUCGUUCGGUCAGAGGACCCGUAUGGAAGACGAGGGCCCGAUGGAAUCCAUGUUCUGA